ACAAACAUGGCGCCAGCACCGAGGCGUCUCCUUGAUUCCCUCUGCAUUCGGCGCAUCGCACCCCCUGCACCUUGAAUGGGAGCCGAGGUGGAAGGUGUGGAUAUCGUUUAAGCGGUCCCAACCACACCCCACCAUGUCACAACGGCCGAGUCACGGUGCAGCGUGCUCCAAAUCCACUCGUAAUUCGAGUCCUGAGCCAGAGGAAAUAACCACUGGUGCUACAAUGCCUGUAAAGCAGAAAAACUGGAAGCGUAGUGCUAAACGUUUUCUUAAUCGUCGAGUCCGCAUCACAGAAUGGCUUCCAGAAUACAACCAAGAAAAGUUUGUCUGUGACCUUAUAGCUGGUGUCACAGUUGGUCUGACCGUUAUGCCACAGGCAUUGGCUUAUGCCACUUUAGCAGGUCUCGAACCUCAGUAUGGUCUUUAUUCUGCAUUUGUGGGUUGUUUUGUGUAUGCCAUAUUUGGAAGCUGCAAAGACAUCACUAUAGGCCCAACUGCUCUUAUGGCGCUUAUGACAUAUCAACAAACAUUUGGUCGAAAUGUUGAUUUUGCUAUUUUGCUCUGCUUCCUUUCUGGUUGUGUGCAGCUGCUCAUGGGAGUGUUCCAUCUAGGCGUUCUUGUAGAUUUUAUAUCAAUUCCAGUGACUGUUGGCUUCACUUCAGCUACCUCUGUUAUCAUUGGAACAUCACAAUUGAAAGGAUUAAUGGGUCUAAAGUUUGAUUCAUCGGGCUUUGCGGAUAAUGUCAGGAAAGUUUUUUCGCAUGCUGGAGAGACACGCAUUUGGGACUUAGUUCUCGGACUGAGCUGCAUCAUUAUUCUUCUCUCUUUUCGGAAAAUAAAAGAUAUCAAGAUAGGAGGAUCCAAACCAACAAAAAAACAACAAAUUUUGAUGAAGACAUUGUGGCUUAUUUCAACAUCAAGAAACGCCUUGAUAGUAUUGGCAUGCUCUCUGAUUGCGUACCUCAUGCAUGAACCUGACGUUGAAUCUCCAUUUGUCUUGACAGGGAAAUUACAAUCUGGCUUGCCACCCUUCCAACUCCCACCAUUUCAAACUAGUUUUUCAAAUCAGACUUUUGACUUCACAUCUAUGUGCUCAGAGUUGGGAUCUUCAAUUGUUCUUGUGCCAGUCAUUGCUGUUCUAGGAAAUGUGGCCAUUGCCAAAGCAUUCGCCAGUGGUGACUCUAUUGAUGCAACUCAAGAGCUGCUUACCCUUGGCUUAUGCAAUAUUGCUGGAUCUUUUGUAUCAUCAAUGCCUGUCACGGGCUCCUUCUCUCGGUCAGCAGUGAAUCAUGCAAGUGGUGUGCGCACUCCAAUGGGUGGAGUUUAUACAGGUGCCUUAAUACUACUUGCUCUAAGCCUACUAACUCCAUACUUCUACUAUAUACCAAAGGCAUCCUUGGCAGCAGUAAUUAUAUGUGCUGUUAUAUUCAUGAUUGAAUAUGAAGUUGUACAGCCAAUGUGGAGGUCUAGUCGAAAAGACUUAGUGGCUAUGACAGCUACAUUUGUCCUUUGUUUAGCCAUAGGGGUUGAAUAUGGUAUUUUAGUUGGAGUUGCCAUCAACAUAGUCUUCUUACUGUAUCCGUCUGCAAGACCCAGUGUUCAUGUUGAACAAAGCACUACCUCUUCAGGUAUAUCAUACUUGAUGGUGACUCUUGGGAACAGCCUAUAUUUCCCAGCUGUUGAUUUCAUUCGAGCCAGUGUAGGUCGUGCUGGUGUGAAACAAGGUGCCAGCCAAUUGCCUGUUGUUGUUGACUGUCGAUUUAUACUUGGAGCUGACUAUACUGCAGCCAAGGGCAUUGCUUCACUUAUUGAUGACUACCACAAGCGUAAACAACGCCUGCUGUUUUACAAACCAAGGGCUGCUGUUUUGUCUGUUCUUCAUGGAGUUGGUCUGGAAGAUUUUACACACGUCAGUUCUCAAGAACAACUCGAUUCUGCUUUAAAAGAUUUAAACAGUCCUGCAGGCAUUAAAUUCAAUGAUGUUGAAUUGCAUGAUGUUACUGCUUUGAGGCAUAAAGAAAAAGAAGCAGAAGAAAAUUCAGUCCCACUCCUUCCUGAACCAAACUUACAUCUAGCGUGAUAGGGAUUUCAAGAAUGAUUUGCACUGUUAGUUAUGAAAACUCACGCUACCUUUUUGGUGUGUGUACCAUAAUGGUGCGCAAAUGGAAUGUGAUAGAGAUUUUUCAUCCCAUAAAUUCCUGUACAAUUUUUUUAUUUUAGGGACCAAUUUUAAGGUAGGAGUCAGUUAAUAGCUUAAAGUUUGUUUUUGAAAGUGUACUACAUCAACAACACUGUAUUUAAAUAUAAUUGUUUCUGUUUUUUGUGCUCUAUUUAAUAUUGUGUCGUAUCUCAAUUGGAUAUUUGUAAGCAAAUAAUGUACCUUGCAAAAUAGAUCUGUGACUGUCCUCCUUUACAGGAUUUUGAGGCAUGUUUUAGUUAUAUGUAGAUGUACAUACUGCAAUCAGUUAUUGGGAAUAGGUCCCUUUAUUUUGUACAGGUUAAAUGGGUUCAGAGAACUUAAAUUAGUGUUAGAGGAUGAAGACUGUAAAAAAGUAUUUUUCUCAUAUUUACUCAUGCUAGCACAGUUCGUAUGAGGAAACUCAAUAGUGAUACUGCUCUCAAUAGGUUUUUUAAAAAUCUCUCACUUAGGCUAUAAGAUUUAUAUGAAAUGUUUGAAAUUUUUUUGUGUAUAUAUGUGGAAAAGAAUCAGGCGGGGCCUAAAAGUUUUAAAAUUUUCAGAAUAUUUUUUUUAAAGUGAAGGGGCAUAUUCUCUUUCUCUUUUUUAUACGGACAAUUUUUUUCAAUGCUCAUUAAUUUUAGAAUAACAAAUGCUUUUUUACUUAUCAAUGAAAUGAUAUGUAGCUGGUUUGUUGUACCUACUUACAAAAGUGUGUUUCAUAAUUUUGUUAUUGGAAACUUAGUACUAAUGUUCUCCUUUUGAUUGCAAUUUUUCAACAGACCGCCCAAUCAAACGGUGAUUACAAUUUGCAAAGUUACCAAGUCACUGGCAUUAAUGUGACCCCUUUAAUUAAACAUUAUCAUUUCUAUCUAAA